AUGGAUCCCCACGCGACCGACCAUACUCUCUCCAUCGCCGACAUCACCAGCACCCUCCAGAAAGUCGGCCUCUCCACCGUACCGCAAGAACGAAACACGUAUCCCGCCCUCAAUCCCUUCGACAUCUACCGUUCGCAUAUCUCGGAGCUGCUAGCGAAGCAGACAGGCAUUGAGGCUGCGACGAUAUACAAGACGCUGGCGUGGACGGCAAAGCCCGAGAAUGGAGAUUUGCAGAUGGCCGUGCCGGCGUUAAGGUUAAAGGGGAAGGAUAUGAAGGAGCUCGCAAAGGAGAUUGGUGAUAAUUUCCCCGAAUCCCCCCUCGUUGCCAAACCAGUCGUCAACGGUACCUUUGUUGGCUUCUUCUUCAAGCCCGCCGCGCUCACUUCGAUCGUUCUCCCGCAAAUCCUCAAAGCAGGCCCCACGUACGGCUUCAACCCCAACCUCGGCCUCAAGGACCCUAGCAACCCCGCCGCCGGCCGGAAGAAGGUCAUCGUCGAAUUCAGCUCCCCGAAUAUCGCGAAGCCGUUCCAUGCAGGGCAUCUCAGGAGUACGAUUAUUGGUGGGUUUCUGUCGAAUUUAUAUGAGGGUGCGGGAUGGGAUGUUGUUCGUAUGAACUACUUGGGCGAUUGGGGAAAGCAGUAUGGUGUCCUUGCCGUGGGCUUCGAUAAGUUCGGAUCCGAGGAGGAGUUGGAGAAGAACCCUAUCGGCCACUUGUACGAUGUGUACGUCAAGAUUAGCAAGAUUGCUGCUGACGAGGCAGACGCCGCGAAGGCGCUCAAGGCCGAGAUCGCCAAAGUGAGAGAGGAGGGCCAAGACGCAAGUGUGAAGGAGGCGGAAUUGAAGAAGAUUGAGGAGGAAGGCGUGGAUCAGCAGGCGAGGAACUACUUCAAGCGCAUGGUUGAUGGCGAGCCCACGGCGUUGGGUACCUGGAAGAAAUUCCGUGACUUGUCGAUUGCGAAGUAUAAGGAGACGUAUGCGAGGUUGAAUAUCCGGUAUGACGAUUACAGCGGCGAGAGCCAAGUGAAAGAGGAGAGCAUGGAGGAGGCAGCGCGGAUCAUGGCGGAGAAGGGCGUCUCGGAGGAGAGCGAGGGGGCUGUCAUUGUCGAUUUGACGAAGUACUCCAAGAAACUGGGUAAAGCCAUUAUCAAGAAAAAGGACGGCACUAGUUUAUACCUGACCCGCGACAUUGGCACGGCGAAGGAGCGCAUGGAAAAGUACCACUUCGAUAAGAUGAUCUAUGUGGUUGCAUCCCAGCAGGAUCUUCAUCUGGCGCAACUCUUCAAGAUCGAGGAGGCCAUGGGCUGGAAAGACAUUGCCGACAAAUGCCAGCACAUCAACUUCGGCAUGGUGUUGGGCAUGUCUACCCGCAAGGGAACCGCCAAGUUCCUCGACGACAUUCUGAGGGACGUGGGCGAGAAGAUGCACGACGUCAUGCGCAGCAACGCGGACAAGUACGCCCAGGUCGAAGACCCGGACAAGACGGCCGACGUGCUGGGCAUCUCAGCCGUCAUGGUGCAGGACAUGAAGGGCAAGCGCAUCAACAACUACCACUUCGACAUGGACCGCAUGACGAGCUUCGAGGGCGACACGGGACCGUACUUGCAGUACGCACACGCGCGACUCAACUCCAUCGAGCGCAAGGCCAGGGCCGCGCAUCCCGACCUCGCGGACGUGGAUUUCGCCACCCAGGUCGACUUCUCGCUGCUCACGGAACCCCAUGCGGUUGAUUUGGUGCGGCAGUUGGCGCUGUGGCCGGAUGUGUUCCUCAACACGGUCAAGACACAGGAGCCGACGACCGUCUUGACGUACCUGUUCAAGAUGGCGCAUAGUCUGAGCAGUAGUUAUGAUCACCUGCAGGUCGUAGGGAGUGAGCGGGAGACCAUGUUGGCGAGGUUGGCCUUGUAUGUGGCGGCGAGGCAGGUGUUGGGGAAUGGGAUGAGGUUGUUGGGGUUGACGCCUGUGGAGAGGAUGUAG